AUGCUUGCACUACACGCCAUUACGACUCUCCUCACCACGGCGUUCUGGAUGGGCGUCCAGGCGUCACCGCUAUCCCGCCGAGACGUUAUUGCACCCAAGAUUACGAGCCCGGAUGCUAACACUGUGUGGACGGUCGGGUCGGUGGUGACGGUGACGUGGGACACCUCGAACUUCCCUCCAGAUUCGCAAAUCACGAACCCCAUUGGCAAGGUUAUUCUGGGCUUUGACGAGAACGAUAGCCUCAACCUCGACUUCAACAACCCACUCGCCCAGGACUUCAAGCUCAGAGACGGAAGCGUCCAGCUCACGGUCCCAGACGUCCCUCCACGCGACGACUAUCUUAUCGUCCUCUUCGGCGACUCCGGCAACACCUCUCCUGCGUUCGUCAUCACGCGCAUCGCUUCGGGAACGUCUGCAUCUGCGUCGCGGUCCGCAUCGAGCUCGACGCUAAUCACCACACCCAUACCUAUCACCGGCUCGACCGUCACCGGCGGGAUUUUGACGGACACGCGCACGCAGUCGCUGCCCACAAUCAGUGACUUCAGCAGCGCCCCAGCUUUGACAGCUACAUCGCCUGCAUCGACAACUGCCAGCUUACCCAUCUCGCCGGCCUCUUCAUCCGAGUCAUCAAGUACAACGUCUGCCACGGCGGAUUCUGCGAACGCCACGACGACGAGCGCGGCGUGGUCGGUUCAUCGCAGCGGCUUGAGCUUCAAGGCUCUAUCUGCGUGCAUGGCCUCUAUGGUCGUGUACAUGAUGCUCUGA